UUGGGAGCUGUGCGCUAUCCGGCCUGUAGGUGUCACUGUGGAGCUGCUGUGCUCAUUUUCUAACAGUCGAGGAAGAUCCAGCCUCUCUCUCUCUCACUACUGUGGAUAUUCUGUGUUCAGUCGGAAUCAUUUAAUACGGUUUAGAAUCUGUAAAUCUGGUUUAAUUGCUGAAUUAAACUGCUCCACUUCUCUCUCUCUCUCUCUGAUCUGAAGUUCAUCCGCCAGCAUGCUGAUUAAAGUGAAGACCCUCACAGGCAAAGAAAUAGAGAUCGACAUUGAGCCCACAGAUAAGGUGGAAAGAAUCAAAGAACGUGUUGAAGAAAAGGAAGGGAUCCCACCACAGCAGCAAAGACUGAUCUACAGCGGGAAACAAAUGAACGAUGAGAAAACAGCGUCUGACUAUAAGAUCCAGGGAGGAUCUGUACUGCAUUUGGUCCUGGCGCUCAGAGGAGGCAGAAUAAUCUACUGACCCAGUCCCCCACCAGCGCUCAUAGAACCUGAUCAGCUUGUGCUCUCCCAGAGCUGCUUAUGAUGAGAGAAUGAGGAGAGAUUGUCAUGAAUCCAGAAGCUUUUUUUUUUUGUUUUUUUUUAGUCUAGCACAGAAGUGGAGAUACAAUGUUUUUCCCUGUUUUAAAAAGUUAACUAUUCCUCAAGUCCUGAGAGGAAGAGAAGCAAAUGUUCUAUUGCGUAAUUUAGACCCUUAUUUCAUUGCAGUGCUGUCCUGUGUGCUGAGCUAAAUAGCGAGACACGCCCACUUCAGUCCUGUAUGUUUGAGCCCUGUACUGUUGGGUAUUGUUGUGUUGUAUGCAAAGUUGCAUUGUUUUAUAAAAAAAUAAAUAAAUAAAAUGAUUUAAUUUUGUGGUUCAUUCUG